GUACUGUAGAUGCUGAUUAUUCUGCUGUUAAUAAUCUGGAGAGAAAAAACACAAGCUACAAUUUUCCUUUAGAUUUACAUUUGAUCUUUUUUUAAAUGUUUUUUCCUUUUUCUAUGAAUGAAUUUGUAAGGAGGAAGUGCCUGGUGGUGUAAUCCACCCCGGGUUGAUGCGCAGUGCGCUCCUGCGUGCAGCUGCAGUGUAAACAAAGCCGCUGCAGAUCACUACGCAUUGAGUUGUUUGGACCGCACUGGCAAAGCAACAAACGUCGUUUUUUUUCUCUUAUCUUUAAAAGCGGAUACAGAUCUAAAGGAAGGUUUUUAUGGAUUUUCAGCACUUUUUUAAAAUUCAGAUCCACAUAUGUCACUCAGCGCAUUUGCUCCUACGUUCGGCCAUUUAAACACACCGAUGGGGUUAGUCGAAAAGAAACAGUCAGCAAAUUGUUUCAGCAAUUUUUUUUUUUUUUUUUUUUUGAAUAAUGAAAAUGUCGGAUCACCAGGAGAUCGCGGAUGCUGAGGACGCGCGUCUAUCCGGGAACCCGACCUCUCCGCUCCGGCCAACUGGCGACCGUCUGCCCUGCCACAAGAGCAGCGUGUGCUCCCGCUCCUACUUCGUGGUCGUGAUGGUGUUUUUUCACGUCUACAUCAUUAAUGUCAUAGCACUGCUCUUCUACGUGCACUACAACAGCGGGCAGGAGGACAGCAGCCGGGGCGGAGACGCUCCCAGCGGCGGUGAACGACAGCAGCACCAAGAGCAGCGACGUCCCGCUCCAUCACAGCAGCACUUUGUACGGGAUGUUUCACUAACAAGGAUCGAGGGAAUAAGGGUAGGACAUGUCCAAAAGGUGUCUCUAGUGCCAGACAAAGUGCACGAGAUGAGGACUUUGAGUCUGAAACCUCUGCUGUUCGGUAAGCAGAACAUAUAUCCAUGGGAGCCUCUAACAUACAUCCAUGGGAGCCUCUAACAUACAUUCAUGGGAGCCUCUAACAUAUAUCCAUGGGAGCCUCUAACAUACAUUCAUGGGAGCCUCUAACAUACAUCCAUGGGAGCCUCUAACAUACAUCCAUGGGAGCCUCUAACAUACAUCCAUGGGAGCCUCUAACAUACAUCCAUGGGAGCCUCUAACAUAUAUCCAUGGGAGCCUCUAACAUACAUCCAUGGGAGCCUCUAACAUAUAUCCAUGGGAGCCUCUAACAUACAUUCAUGGGAGCCUCUAACAUAUAUCCAUGGGAGCCUCUAACAUACAUCCAUGGGAGCCUCUAACAUACAUCCAUGGGAGCCUCUAACAUACAUCCAUGGGAGCCUCUAACAUACAUCCAUGGGAGCCUCUAACAUAUAUCCAUGGGAGCCUCUAACAUACAUCCAUGGGAGCCUCUAACAUAUAUCCAUGGGAGCCUCUAACAUACAUCCAUGGGAGCCUCUAACAUAUAUCCAUGGGAGCCUCUAACAUACAUUCAUGGGAGCCUCUAACAUAUAUCCAUGGGAGCCUCUAACAUACAUCCAUGGGAGCCUCUAACAUACAUCCAUGGGAGCCUCUAACAUACAUUCAUGGGAGCCUCUAACAUACAUCCAUGGGAGCCUCUAACAUAUAUCCAU